UUUUGGAAAAACCCCUCUGACAUGACUCUGGCUCGGCCGUCUGGUAGUACUAGUGGUGUUAUUUUGUUUAAAAAUUCUGCUUUUACUGCUUGGUUAACGCGUUGUAGGCAACGUUUCCAGGAUGAAACUAUUGACAGAUAAAGGGAAUCAGCACUGUCUUAAGGCUGUUAUUGCUGCAUGUCUUGCAGGGGUUAAACUGGACGUGGAAGAAGUUGAAAACACGGAUCAUGUUGUGCCUUACCUGAGGAAGAAUCGUUUGCCAGUUCUCAAUCUGGGCAAUGGAGAUUUCAUUUUUUCUGCAAACAGUAUAUGCAGGUAUCUGCUUGCCCAAGGUGCCUUGGAUGUUGAUGACACACAGGUGGAUGAGUGGCUGGAGUGGGAGGCUACGCAACUGCAGCCCGUGCUUGGAUCGUUCUUGGCAUUGUUAUACGGGAGUGGCAAAGCCAACGCCGACUGCUUGAAACCGUUGCUGACUCACCUCAACAGUUCCCUGCAGGGAAACCGGUAUCUGGUUGGGAAUGGCUUAUCAGUGGCAGAUAUCAGUGUCUGGUCAGCCUUGUACCCAGCGCAGGCCACCAGGUCUGAUCUCCUCCCCGCCUACCCCCACGUGGAAUCCUGGUUCAGGGGCCUCAGCGGGCAGAAGGCGUUUGAAGCCAGCGUUGCUGUGGUAACCCACAGCCAGGGAGCCGGCAGCUUCAAGGCAUCCAUUUUGGCCCAGCCCAUUGUUCAGAUGCCCGUUGGGGAUGCCAGGACGGCAAAAGACGAAGAGUCUGCCGACACCGAGCAGGACGUCACGAGUGAAGAGAUUGAGCGUGCCAGGCAGGCUUGGUUGCUCGGUAAAGCCGACGCACCGACGCCGAGGGCGAGAAACCAUCCGCUUCUUCCGGAGAAGGAUCGGCGCAACGUCUUGAUCACCAGUGCCUUGCCUUACGUCAACAACGUCCCCCACCUGGGCAAUAUCAUCGGUUGCGUGCUGAGCGCCGACGUGUUCUCAAGAUUUUGUCGUUUGAGGAACUACAACUGCCUGUACAUCUGCGGGACCGACGAGUACGGGACGGCCACAGAAACCAAGGCGUUGGCCGAGGGGCUCACCCCCCAGCAAAUCUGCGAUAAGUACUACCGCAUCCACUAUGACGUCUACACCUGGUUCAGCAUCGACUUUGAUUAUUUUGGGAGGACGACAACCAAACAGCAAACGGAGAUUGCCCAGGAUAUUUUUCUCCGUCUCCACCAGCGCGGCUUCCUUCUCAAGGACACGGUGGAGCAGCUGCUGUGUGUCAAGUGCAAUCGGUUCCUGGCUGACCGCUUUGUGGAGGGCACCUGCCCCCUGUGCUACUAUCCCGACGCCAGGGGGGACCAGUGCGACAAGUGUGGCAAACUCAUCAAUGCCACAGAGCUCAAGAAACCCCGCUGCAAAGUCUGCAAGAAGUCCCCCAUCAUCAAGAACUCGGAGCACCUCUUCCUGGACCUGCCCAAGCUGCAGCCCCAGGUUCAGGCCUACUUCGAGCGGGUGGCAGCAGCGGGUGACUGGACAGCCAAUGCCAAGUACGUCACCUCCAGCUGGCUGCGGGAUGGCCUCAAGCCCCGCUGCAUCACCAGGGACCUGAAGUGGGGCACCCCGGUGCCCCUGGAUGGCUUCCGGGAUAAGGUGUUCUACGUCUGGUUUGACGCGCCCAUCGGCUACCCGUCCAUCACGGCCAACUACACGGACCAGUGGGAGAGGUGGUGGAAAAACCCAGAGGAGGUGGAACUGUACAACUUCAUGGCCAAAGACAACAUCCCAUUCCACAGUGUGGUGUUUCCCUGCACGCUGAUUGGAGCUGAGGACAACUACACCAUCGUCAAUCACCUCAUUGCAGCUGAAUACCUGAAUUACGAAGACGGCAAGUUCUCCAAGAGCCGGGGGAUCGGCGUGUUUGGCGACAUGGCCAAGGACACAGGCAUCCCUAGUGACAUCUGGCGCUUCUACCUGCUGUACGUACGCCCAGAGACCAUGGACAGUACCUUCAGCUGGGCAGACCUCAUGGUGAAGAAUAACAGCGAACUGCUGAAUAAUCUUGGUAACUUCAUCAACAGGUCCCUGACAUUCCUCGAGAAGAAUUUUGGCAGUGUCGUCCCCGAGAUGACCCUGGAGGAGGACGACGAGCGGUUGCUGGCACUGGUCACUCGCGAGUUGACCUCCUACAAGCAGCUGCUGGAGAAGUCCAAGAUCCGGGAUGCCCUGCGCCACAUCCUCAACAUCUCCCGCCUGGGCAACCAGCACAUACAGGCCAAUCAGCCCUGGGUGCUGGUCAAGGGUGGAGACAAGGAGAGAGCCAGAGCGGGCGGCGUGAUUGGCCUGUGCACGAACAUCUCCUGCCUGGUAUCCACCAUGCUGCUGCCCUACAUGCCGUUAACCAGCCGCACCAUCCAGGAGCAGCUCAACGCUCCGCCGGAAUGCAACGUCAUCACUGAGAAGUUUGUAUGCUACCUGGAGACAGGCCACAAGAUCGGGACGCCCAAGCCACUAUUUGGCAAGUUAGAACCUUCCCUAAUUGAGAGUCUCAAGAAGAAAUUCUCCGGUCAGCAGAAACAGGUUGGUGACUCUGGUGACCCAAAAGCAGCACCAGUUAGUUCAGUGCCCGUUGACGGCCCAGCUGCACCGGCUGGCGAUGCCAGUGAGGUCAAACGGCUGACCGAUGAGGUUGCCAAGCAGGGAAACAUCGUGCGCAAGCUGAAGUCAGAGAAGGCCGACAAAUCAGAGAUCGAGAAGGAGGUGAAGAAGCUGCUGGCCCUCAAGCAAGAGUUGGCACUGACCUCGGGUCAGGACCCGACCCCUGUGGAAUCCUCCAAGGGGAAGAGGAAAAAAGGAGGAAAGAAGAAAGAGGAAAAAUCAAAAAACUCUGAAUGAGAUGAACCCGGGUCCAAGUUACCGAGGCAUCUGAAGUUGUUAUAUUGUCAGGUGCAAUAGCCAUGCCUUCAUUUCAGGCCAUCGUGCAAAACUUCAUCCCUACUUUUAUGGGGUUACCAAAAACUUUGGAAAAUCAGUAAUUUUUUGAUCUUGAGUUUUUCCGGCCACUUCAUCUGAUUUGAUGGAAAGAACAAUUCAACAAAGUUUCCAAGCAAAAUGAUGUUUACUUUUUUAUGAUUGUAAACAAACAUUUGAAAAAACUCACCUCAUUAACAGGGCAAAAAGGGGACCAUACAUUAUUCUGCAUGAAUCAGGAUGCGAGCCUAUAUAUGCACGUAAACAAGGUUGAAAAAGAGCAUGUGUACUCUUGUUUAAAUGUAACAGUAAUCUGAAUAUUAUCUCAUGAAUUUAUGUUUUCACAAAGUGACAAGAAUAUAAAGAUCUUCACGGUUUGCUUUUGUCAUGAAGUGAAGGAAAAUUUUAUCAAUGAAUUACUGUUUAAUGAAGACAUUAUUUCUACAGGAUAGUUUUGAAUAGCAGUGAAUAAAGCCAAACAGUGCCAAAAUUUCCUAAAUCCAAAGUAACCAAGUGCAUGUAGUAGAAAGUGUAUUGUGAAAUGUGAGGAUAUUUCCCAAUGCAGUUAUCUUGGAUUGUCCAUUUUGCACGAUACAGAAGUUUUGUCACUUGGUGAAAACACCAUCGAUUCACGUUAUCAGACGGAAGAAUCUGACAUGUAUCUACUGUGCGGAUUUCUAUUUCUAUCAUGGAGCAUGGUGUAAAGCCUUAUUAACAGACUAUAUUAGAGUCGUCAUAUUUACCCAGUAAUUUUUUUCCCUCAGGGAAGUUGGACAAGAAUUUUUACUUGGGAAAGACUUGAAAAGUGCAGUAAACGAUCUGUUUUUGUGAAAGAAAGUACUGUUUGUUUUGACACAGAAUGCUUAAAUGUGGUCUUAACUUCAGACACCUUUAAACCAUUUACAAAUACAGAAAUGUAUAAUUUCUUACAGUACUUGUAAGUUGCAGUGGGAAGUCUGUCUUACAUGGAGGUAUAAAGUUUGACAGCAUCUGCUAAGAUAUUUUGUAUGCUGAAGUGAACAUCCUGUAGCUUCCGGUUUUGUUGCAAUCUGACGCACAUUCACGUUUUCUGUAAAACUGUCACCUCAAGUAAUAUCAUUUAUCAAAACUUCUUUGCCGCAUUGAAUUUUUAAGGUUGUAAACUGUGCUAGAAUUGCCUUUAAAAUGGCUACUUAAUCAGACUCUUAUUCUGAAUACUGAUAUUUUACAUACGCACAAGUGGAAAUCCCUAGUUUUCUUCUUGCACUUUUAUUCAAAGAGGCUAAAUGUCAAUGCCCAUGAAAUUUUUUGUCAAAUCCAUCAAGUGCACAAUUUUGUACUUGAUCAAAUCAAAAAUAUGUACUCCAGCAAGCUAUCUAAUCAUUUUGACAAUGAAAUAGUCAGCGAGUGUUAUGUAUCGGCCAUAAUAGUGCAAAUUUUGUUAACAAUGAAAGCUUUGAAGGUUCAGAACUCAAAUUGGUUGAGACUAAACUUUGUGUCAAGUUGCGGAAGGGUUUUGUUGAUCAGUUUGUCAGAGAAAUGUUUGUAUGUUGGUAAUUUUCCUUGAUGAUUAAAAUCUGGUGAAACAUG